CACUUCCCAGUCAUGAUGGGGUUGCACCAGGGAUCAACUCUUAGCCCAUUUUUAUUUUCCUUGGUGAUGGAUGGAUUGACGCGACAAAUUCAAGGUGAGGUUCCAUGGUGUAUGUUAUUCGAGGAUAACAUAGUCCUGAUUGACGAGACUCGCAGCGGAGUUAGCGCUAAGCUGGAGGUUUGGAGACAAACUCUAGAGUCUAAAGGGUUCAAGUUGAGUAGGACCAAGACAGAGUACUUGGAGUGCAGGUUCAGCGAUAUAGUGCAUGAGGCUGGCAUGGAAGUGAAGCUUGGCACCCAGAUCAUACAAAAGAUAGAUAAUUUCAAGUAUCUUGGGUCUAUUAUACAACGAAAUGGGGAGAUUGAUGAUGACGUCACACACCGUAUUGGUGCAGGGUGGAUGAAAUGGAGGCUUGCCUCCGGAGUGUUGUGCGACAAGAAGGUGCCACCAAAACUCAAAGGCAAGUUCUACAAUGUGGUGGUUAGGCCAACUAUGUUGUAUGGGGCGGAGUGUUGGCCAGUAAAAAAGUCUCACGUUCAGAAGAUGAAAGUGGCGAAAAUGAGAAUGCUGCAAGGGAUGUGUGGGAACACUAGGAGAGAUAGGAUUAGGAAUGAAGUUAUCCGAGACAAGGUAGGAGUAGCCUCGGUGGAGGACAAUAUGCGGGAAGCGAGGCUGAUAUGGUUUGGGCAUGUGAUGCGGAGAGACACAAAUGCCCCAGUGCGGAGGUGCGAGAGGCUGGCUAUGGACGGUUUCAGAAGAGGUAGAGGUAGGCCGAAGAAGUAUUGGGGAGAGGUGAUUAGACAGGACAUGGCGCAUCUUCAGCUUACCGAGGACAUGACCUUAGAUAGGAGGGUAUGGAGGACUCAGAUCAGGGUAGAAGGCUAGUAGGUAGUCGCGUUUAUCCUUUCUUGCGAGUAGUUGCAUUGAUCUUUAGUUUCUUGUCCCUUGAUUUCUGCGAGUAUCUGUUUACACAGAAUGGUUUAUCAUGGCUUAUUCACUUUCGUUGUUUUCAUUUUCAUAAUUGCUUUGAAUUGUUUACCCGUAUCUAACCUUUCCUAUGCUUUUUCUUGGGCCGAGGGUCUUCCGGAAAUAGCCUCCCUACCUAAGGUAGGGGUAAGGUCUGCGUACAAUCUACCCUCCCCAGACCCCACAUUAUGAGAUUCACUGGGUAUGUUG